AUGGCGGCACCUGGUAGAACACACGAAAUUAUAGCUAGUACAGCAAAAUCUGCUGAUAAUACAUUCGUACUUAUUUGGUUGGAUGAUUCUGCUGAAGAUGAUCCAACUAUAAAAGGUGUUCUUUCUUCUCUAUUCGACAAUGUAAUUACUUUUACUGAUCCUGAAGUAUGUCUCGAAUCAGUUGAAUCAGAUGAAAUCGGAACAACCAGCUUAUAUAUUCUUAUUUCUGGUAAAUAUGGUCAAAUGUUUGUGCGCGAACGUUUACAACCAUUAAAUCGAGUUCAAUAUAUAUACGUAUUUUGUUAUGAUACCGUAAAACAUAGUCAAUGGGCAGAAACAUGCGAUAAGGUCCGAUGUGUAUUUUCGGAUCUUAAUAAAAUCCUUCAAUGUAUGCAAAGUGACAUUCAAAACAGUAUAGAACAACAGCAAGAAUCUGGAGAACAUGAUGAAAUACAACUACCCACACAAGAGCAGCAACCACAGGCACAGGCACAACAACAGAACCUGCAGCAGCAACAGCAGCAAGGCGACAUACAACAGCAACGAGAACGUUUUACAGAUGAUAAUAAUUUAUUUGAUCAACUUGCGCUUAAUCUUGUAAUUAAUAGUCCAGAUGAUGGAGUUGAAGAUUUUACUGAUUAUUGUCAAGUACAUAAUGAAAAUAAGAAUCCAGAUCAGCAUCAAGAUCUUGCUGCAGAUGACGAAGUUCCAGUUCCACUACAAGAACAAUAUUAUAUACCGGAAAAAGCUAUCGAAGAAUGGUAUCAACCAAAUUUACCGUUUACAAAUAUUAAUUCCAAUGAUUUGAUGAAAUUAUGGAAACUUCGUUGGUUUAUACGAUCAUUUCAUCGACAAUUGACUAGUGAACAUGAGAAAUUUGUUCAAAAUAAAACAAAAUUUACUGUUAACUAUGGAACAUGGUUAUCGGUAGAUGAGCUUGAUGCUAUGAAACAUCGUAUUAGCGAAGUAAUUAUUAUUACAGAACUAUUGUUAACACAUACGAAUCGACAAGCAGCAUUAGAUUCUAUAGAAAACGAAGAGAAAAAUAAAAAUAAAGUUAUAUUGGAAAUUAAUAUCGAUCCACAUAAUCGUACUACUGUGCCGUAUGCUGAAAUAAAAAAAGAACAAGUUCUAUUAUGGUUUGGAGCUCGAUAUCAAAUAAUUAAAGUUGAAUAUGUGGAACAACAAGACGAACAACAACGUCCAUAUUGGUUAAUUGGUUUAAAUUUAAAUGCUAGAUUUAAUUCAAAACCUUCUAUUCAAAAUUUAUAUCAAUAUUAUUUCAGAGAAAUGACAGAAUUAGAUAAUGUUCAUCAAGCAUUUGGUCGUAUACUUAUUCAUAAGGGUUAUUAUGUUCAAGCCGAAAAAUGGUUACAAACAGAUAAUCAUUAUGAAGAAUUAGCUGAAUUAGCAAUACGUCAAGGUCAUCUUGAACAAGCCAAAGAAUAUCUUGAGCAUUUAUCUGAAGAUUCACAUGAAGCUAAUUUAUUAUAUGCUUAUUAUUAUGUUUUAACAUCGAAAGAUAAUUUUCCGAAAGCACGUUUAAUUUUCAUGAAAAUAAUUUCUGAAGCAACAGAUAGAUAUAUACGUGCUCAAGCUAAUAUUGGUCUUGGCUUUAUUAGUUUAAUUAUGACACAACAAAUCGAUCUUGCAUUUGAAUAUUUUACUCUAGCUAAUGAAGUUCUACGUAAAAUUUUGCCAGAUAUUCAUCCAAACAUAGCUAAAUCAUAUAUUGGAUUAGGUUACACAUAUUAUCAUCAACAUAAAAUAGUUGAUGCAAAAAAAUGUUUUCAAACAGCUUUUACUAUUCAAAAACAAUCAUUAUUAUACAAUCAUCCAGAAUUCGCUAAAACUCGAAGUGGUUUUGCUUAUUGCUUUUCGAAUGAUAAACAAACAAUUAAAAAAGCAUUCAAUGAAUUUGAACAUUCGCUGAAUAUUUUAUUAGAUACAUUUCGAUAUGACAUUCAACAGCAUCCACAGAUAUUAGCAACAAGAAGUGAUAUUGAAAAAUUGAAAAAAGGAAAAGAACUACGUCCACGUAAUACAUUACUUGACUAUAUUUAA